AACGAUGAGAAAAUGGUUGAAAAGUGUGGGGAGGCCAUCUUUGAAAUACUCCAAAAGAGUCCGGGUGGUGGGUUGGUAUUCUUUUCGAGUUACAAAAUAAUGGAGAAGAUCCAUAAGCUGUGGGAAUGUCGGAAAACGUUAAACGAACUGAGAAAGCACAAGACGGUGUUUAUUGAACAGAAACGCCGCAAAGACUUUUUGAGAGAUUUUGAGGAAUAUAAGAAGUGUGCAAAUCAAGGCGCCGUCUUUUUGGGAGUUUUUAGAGGGAAGUUGAGUGAGGGGAUAGACUUUGGAGACAAUUUAGCGAGAGUUGUGAUCAUCGUUGGGAUCCCAUACCCUAAUUUGGGCGACUUGAAUGUCAAAAUGAAGAAACAGUAUAACAAUGCCGUUGUCCAACAAGAAGGAAAAGGAGUAGAUGGGAAUCAGUGGUAUGCUAUUCAAGCCAUGAGGGCUGUGAAUCAAGCUGUAGGGAGAGUCAUCAGACAUAAGAAUGAUUUUGGAGCUAUUAUGUUACUAGACAUGAGGUACAAUCGACCAAAUAAUCGGAAAAUGAUGUCUGGAUGGAUUCAAAAAGAAAUACAAAACGGGAAAGAAGGGUGGAACUUGGAACUUGAAAAAUUCUUUAAGGGCAUGGGAGAGCAAUUUAAAGAUGUUGGAGACGACACUGCGAUGGAAGAAAAGAAGGAAGAAAGUAAAGACUUUGAAAAUUUUGGUGGAGAGAAAGUUGAACCAAUUGAGAAGGAAGAAGACACCGAAAAGAAGAAGAAAUGCAAUCGAAAGAAAACGACAACAAAGAAAAGAAGUAAAGUGUUCAACAAUGGGGGAGACGUGUUUAGCAACGAAUUAAUAUUGAAAGCAAAACAAAAACAACUGCAACAAGAGAUUAAAAUGGCGGUGAAAAGAAUAAGAAUUGGACAGAUAGAGGACACUGCCCCUAUCAACGCUAUUCCCCCGAAAGUCGAAGAGUUUGAAAGUACUUUACACGACAAAGAUGGGAAGAAUGACAUUGGUGAAAAGGCGAAAGAAGGCAAAGGAAAUACAGAAAAUGUGGACUUGAAAGACACGUUGAAAAGCGGUGCGAAACGAGUGGAAGUGAUCGCAGACUGGAUGGAUUGGGAUGAGAAUGACAUUAUGUUAAUGACACCAACAUUUGAGAGAGCAAAACCAGUUGAAAGAGUUGAGAAGAGUAAAACUAUUAAAACUGAAGGAGCUGAGAACAACACACAAAAUAAUCAAAUGGAAGAAGAGUGGGAGAGUAAUGGGAUGUCCGAUUUGUCGGGGUUGGAUUUGAAUAAAUUGUCGUUUGUAAAACCAAGUGAAUGCAAAAGUAAAAAGGUGGAACAACAUAUGGGAAAUACUAAAGACAAUGCAGUCGAAAUAUCAUCAACUGAGUCAUCUGAUGAAUUUGUCGAUGUGCGAGAAUAUCAAACAAAUGUGGUCAAAAGAAGUAUUUGA